UGUUCUUCCACUAGAUGAUUUCACUUUCAACUAGUACUUUUUCCACCAAUAUUAAGGAUUUAUUGUCUUAAACAAGCUUACAUGUUGCUUAAAAGUUACUUAUAAGUUAGUACUUUGUUUUUUAUUUCAACUGUACUAACAUAUGUGCACAAGAAAGUGGACAAAAAAUACUUAAAUAAGCCUGCGAUUUAUGUACUUCAUCCACCUGCGUGUGUGUUCUUGAACAUUUUUGCCAUUGUGGAACACAAAACCUCUCAUCAAAAGUGCGUUAUGAAACAGACACUUUGGUUGUGCAUCUUCACUCAGGAGCCACAACACAAAACCAACAGACCCAGACCAGUUUUUUUUUGUUUUUUUUUAUGGUGGGAAGAUGACACAAACAGCAUUUAGAUCAGCUAAAGUUUGAAUUUCAGAAAUAUUUAAACAUCAGCUACAAUCAGGCAGAUCCCAACGCACAGGACCAGGAGGGUCGCACUGCUCUGAUGUAUGCCUGCAUGCAGAGAGCGGGCGCUCUGGUGGCGUCCGCCCUGGUGGCUGCAGGAGCUGACCCGUGCACAGAGGACGGCUCUGGAGCCUCAGCUUUGGUCUACGCCAUCAACGCACAGCACCAACCCACAGUGCAGGUGCUGAUAGAUGCUUGCCGGGCCAAAGGUCGUGACAUCAUCAUCAUUGCUACGGAGACGGGCGCGAACAGAGGCCCAGUGACCAGGAGGUACCUGAACGUCCCCCCGUCUCCGGACUCCUCCCCCGUGUCCUGCAUGUCCCCGUCCGACAUCAUCCUGAAGACGGGCUCGCCAAGCUCACCUGAGGGGGGAAACAUCUUCAACUUCAGAGGAACAACAGGCAAACAUGGAAGCGCCAGCAGACGCUUGUCGUUCGAGCUGAGUCGGUCGAGUCCGUGCAGCGGUCCGGCCUCCAGACAGAGGGUGUCAUCUGAACCGUGGUUGGCCAUUAGCAACCUGGACUCCCUGAAGAGGGCUUACGAACAGGGAGUGAGGGAGAGGAACCUCAAGGAGGAAGGAGAGGCGCAGGGUUUGGAGGAGGAAGAACGUGGAGAUGCGGACGUAGAUGAGGAGAUGCAUUUCCAGAGGAAGGACGACGUGGCGCACAGACUGGAUGCUGGGUUUACUGGGAACGCUCAUAAAUACUGGAGUAAGGACUCGCUUUUAACCAAGUCAGACGGCGGUGUCCCCAAGAGGAUUCCGUCACCAGAAGGGUCAGACAUGAAGCUCUCAGCCUGCUCGUCCCCUCGCUUUUAUCUCCGCAGGAACACCCUCCCCUCUGUCACGGCGGUCAACCCUCCGCUUCACCUCCCGCCCUUAACGACGCAGCCAGACUCUCACCUGCAGGUGCCAGCUAACGUUUCACCUGCAGGAAGCAGACACGUGUUGUUUCAGCCGCGCCCGCCCUGCUCCUCUCCCCCGUCCUCAGCAUCUGCCAGAGCGGCCCUGCUCCCUCUGCUCCCCCAGGCCUCCUCUCUGUUCGCUCCUCCUGGCUUCAGUCACAGGGAGAGGAGCAGGAGGUCACUGCGUCGUCACUCGGCGCAGUUGGAACAAAAAUAAUCUGGAGUUCAGAAGCUGUGAAGCUAUUAAGAGGCUUGCGGUCUGGUUUUAUUUAUUUUUAAAUAAGUGAGUCCAGCUACAUCUGCACCUUAAUCUGUAUCAACUAGUCGGUUCUUGAUCUGCACAAAUGGCACUUUCUCUUUCUAUGAAAGGUGAAACUGUCAGGUUUUUUUUUAUAUAUAGCUAACCGCUAAAGCAAAACUAGCUGACAUCUUUUCACUCAGUUUGUGUGUUUGAAUGUCUUUUUGUGGCCUAAUAGAAAAUAAAUAUUUAAGAAGAAAAAUGUUUGGGUUUCAAAUCUAGAAGGAACACAGGAACUCGUGUUCAUGGCAAAAGGAGUGAAGUCAUUUUAUUUCUUUUUAAUAUGUAUCUACAACAAGGGGGACACAGGCAAAAACGACCGACAAGUUGAUGGAAAUUAAAACAAAACAAUAAAAUAAAGUACAUUAAUCAGCAUCGAUGUAGAUUUCCAACCUUUUUUUUUUUCCAAUAAGCAACUUUUUUGUGUGUCUAAAGUAACUUUACAAUAUAAAGAAACAUACGAAGGAACCUGUUUUUUUUUUUUAACUACACAAGACAUUUAGGAUCAGAAACUACCCUAACAUGAUAUACAAAGCAACUUCCUGCCUCAUAUUCAAUACUGCU